AAAGGGAGUGAAUGUUGAAUCUUAAAACAGAACUUCCGAAUAUUAAAACCUGGCGGAAUAAUCAAGCCCGAAAAGUACAAUCAUGAAUUCUGGAGUUGUCUUGAAAUAUGGAAAUGACUCCUCUGCGGAGCUGAGUGAGCUCCAUUUAGCAGCUUUGGCAUCUCUGAAAGGAGACAUAGUGGAGCUUAACAAGCGUCUACAGCAAACAGAACGAGAAAGGGAUCUUUUGGAAAAGAAAUUGGCAAAAGCACAGGGUGAACAAUCUCAUCUCUUGAGAGAGCAUGAAGAUGUUCAGGAACGAAUGACCUUGCGCUAUGAGGAGCGGAUCACGGAGCUCCACAGCAUCAUCGCUGAGCUAAAUAAGAAGAUUGACCGCUUACAGGGAACAACAAUCAGGGAAGAAGAUGAGUACUCCGAGUUGAGAUCAGAGCUCAGUCAAAGUCAACAAGAAGUCAAUGAGGAUUCUCCAAGCUUGGAUCAAGAUCAAACUUCUGUCUCCAUCCCUGAGAAUCAAUCUACCAUGGUCACUGCUGACAUGGAUAACUGUAGUGAUCUGAAUUCAGAACUGCAAAGAGUACUGACUGGGCUGGAGAAUGUUGUCUGUGGGAGAAAGAAGAGUAGCUGUGGUCUCUCAGUAGCUGAAGUGGACAGACAUAUUGAACAGCUCACCACUGCAAGUGAACACUGUGAUUUGGCUAUUAAGACAGUUGAAGAAAUUGAGGGAGUAUUGGGUCGGGAUCUCUAUCCCAAUUUGGCCGAAGAACGAUCUCGAUGUGAAAAAGAGCUGGCUGGUCUUAGAGAAGAGAAUGAAAGCUUGACUGCUAUGUUGUGUAGCAAAGAGGAAGAACUCAACAGGACUAAGGCCACCAUGAAUGCUAUCCGGGAGGAGAGAGACAGGCUACGAAGAAGGGUUCGAGAACUACAGACACGCUUACAGAGUGUCCAGGCAGCAGGACCCUCCAGUCCAGGUCGUCUCACCUCUACUAAUCGACCAAUUAAUCCCAGCACUGGAGAACUAAGCACCAGUAGUAGCAGCAAUGACAUCCCCAUUGCCAAGAUUGCUGAGAGGGUGAAGUUGUCCAAGACAAGGUCAGAGUCUUCCUCAUCUGAUCGGCCUGUCCUGGGAUCAGAAAUAAGCAGUAUAGGGGUAUCUGGCAGUGUGGCAGAGCACCUAGCCCACUCUCUGCAGGACUGUUCUAAUAUCCAGGAGAUUUUCCAGACACUCUACUCACAUGGAUCUGCCAUCUCAGAAAGCAAAAUUCGAGAAUUUGAAGUAGAGACAGAGAGAUUGAACAGUCGAAUAGAGCACCUGAAAUCCCAGAAUGAUCUACUGACCAUAACCUUGGAGGAGUGCAAAAGCAAUGCUGAAAGGAUGAGUAUGCUGGUGGGGAAAUAUGAGUCCAAUGCCACAGCUUUGAGACUUGCAUUGCAAUAUAGUGAGCAGUGCAUAGAAGCCUAUGAACUCCUUUUGGCACUAGCUGAGAGUGAACAGUCCCUUAUCCUUGGGCAAUUCCGAGCCGCAGGUGUGGGAUCUGUUGGGGACCAGACAAGAGAUGAAAAUGUUACCCAGAUGCUCAAGCAUGCUCAUGAUUGCCGGAAGACAGCUGAGAAUGCUGCCAAGGCCCUGCUGAUGAAACUGGAUGGAAGCUGUGGGGGAGCAUUUGCCGUCCCUGGCUGCAGCGUCCAGCCAUGGGAGAGUCUUUCUUCCAAUAGCCAUACCAGCACAACCAGCUCUACGGCUAGUAGCUGUGAUACAGAGUUCACAAAGGAAGAUGAGCAGAGGCUAAAGGAUUAUAUUCAGCAGCUCAAGAAUGACAGGGCAGCUGUCAAACUGACCAUGCUGGAGUUGGAGAGCAUCCAUAUUGAUCCUCUUAGUUAUGAUGUCAAGCCUCGUGGAGAUAGCCAAAGACUGGAUCUAGAAAAUGCUGUGCUGAUGCAGGAGCUGAUGGCGAUGAAGGAGGAAAUGGCUGAGCUAAAGGCCCAGUUAUACCUACUGGAGAAAGAGAAGAAAGCUCUGGAACUGAAGCUGAGUACUCGAGAGGCACAGGAACAAGCAUAUUUGGUGCACAUUGAACAUCUCAAAUCUGAGGUGGAGGAACAGAAGGAACAAAAAAUGAGGUCACUCAGUUCCACCAGCAGUGGAAGCAAAGAAAAAACUGGCAAGGAGUGCAUUGAUGGAGCCUCAUCUGUGCCAUCCUUAACUGAGCUGAGGACAACAUUCAGUGAGAAUGAUUUGGCAGCAGAAGUUACCAAUGCUCUACGACGGGAGAAGAAACUGAAGGCCAGAGUACAGGAGCUGGUGAGCGCCUUGGAAAGACUGACAAAGAGCAGCGAAAUCCGACACCAGCAAUCAGCUGAGUUUGUGAAUGACCUGAAAAGAGCCAACAGUAACCUGGUGGCUGCAUAUGAGAAAGCCAAGAAGAAGCAUCAAAAUAAGCUGAAAAAGCUGGAGUCCCAGAUGAUGGCCAUGGUGGAGAGACACGAAACUCAAGUGAGGAUGCUCAAGCAGAGGAUAGCUCUGCUGGAGGAGGAGAACUCGAGGCCCCACACCAACGAGACCUCGCUUUAAAGGCUUUCAGGCCUGAGAAGUCUGCCCGAAGAGGCUUAAAAAGGAGACAAGAACCAGAAUUAAUGAUGCCUGCCAAAGGGAAGCCGGCUGGUAGGGGGCGCACCCCAGAACAACUUGUCAGGGCCUCUGGGAGAGCUCCCCGAGAAGGGUGGCUGGCCACAGACUUGGUGGACAAGCCAUCACCAAUAGAUGCACGCCUCUUGGUGCAGGAGCCCUGCCUGCCAUUACCUCAGAUGUUUGACCCUGACAGAUACGUUUUUAGCUCUUCCCCACCCCUCAACCACCCUUUGCAGUCUUGCAGAUGAGAACUGCAGUUAUUUGGCUUCGGUAAUUCCGAUGUCUUCCCUUUUGUGCCUAGGCAUUGGGCCCAUUUUCCCUGUUCCCUGAGCUUUUCACCUAGUGUAAGGCAAAGUCCUGACCUAGAGAUGGAGCAAGUGAGUGUCACAGGCUUAGUGCCCAAGAGGUACAUGAAGGCUGCGCGUGGCUGUCAUUUGUAGUAGAAGUUGAUCUUCCAAUGCCAGGGCUCUCCCCCAAGUGGCCUUUCCUAUCUCUGAAAGUGAACAGAGUUGGCAGGUAUCUGCAGCCAUUCACAAUGUGUCCUACAAGCCGUGACAAGCGCAGGUCCUUUAGUGCAAGAGUGCGCUCUGGAACAGAAGAAACUGAGCCUCUCUGGAGUUGAGAAGGGAAACCUGGGAAUGUGGGAUUAGAGCCCCACCCACCCCCACCCCCCACAGCAAAACCAAACCAAAACUGAGCGCAGUGCCAGCAGCACUCUUUAUGGGAUCCUCAAGAAAAGAGCCUCUUCAUUUCUAAUGCAGAACCUAAAGGCUGUAUCACUAACCCAAGAUAAUACACAGAUACACAGGUCGUGUCAGGGAUAGGUUGGAAUAAACACAUUUUGAAAAAGUUGUAUUCGUCAACUCCUGUUCAAGCUAGUUGUGGUAGAAAGCAUGCAGAAUCCCCAUUUCAAAGGGACUUUCCCCGAUUUGGUCCAUUGUUCUUGUGAACAAGAGCACGGCUUUUGGCAAGGGUGGAGAUUAACAUAUGGUGACUGGAAAAUGUAGGGAGAAGGAAACGUAGAAAAACAUUUUUUAAAUUAAACAUUUUGAAAAAGGAAUCUAGGAAGGGCUCAAAUGAAGAAUUUACAGAGCUAAAAGGGGCCUGGGUUAUCCACACACUCUUUAGGAUUUCUCUUGUUAAAUUUGGUACUGUUUUGUUUUUCCUGUUCGGUUUUCUACUCCCAUCACACAGAGUGUUGUUACUACACAGCUCCAAGUGCAGGUAAAUAAACGACGAGGUUAUAGAGGUGGAAAUCGGUCUAUAGUUCACCACAGAACUCAAGACUGAAUGAAGAAGAAUACAGAGGGGCCUAGCAGUAGGGGAAGAAUUCAAUUUAACAAAUAUUUAUUAAGCAUUUUUAUUUUCAAUGCAUGAUGCUAACUGCUAGAGAUACCAAAAUGAAACAAGAUGCCUCAUCCCGGCAGGGAGCUUCUAAGGAACAGGACAUUAUACAGAUAGGAAGAGCUCUUUGGUCCAAGGGGACCUACUCACAUACAAAAAUAAUCAGAACUGGAAGACUCACUCCCAAGACUGUCAGAGCUAGAGGUGCCUCAGAGAUUGUCAUCUUUUUGUAGAGAAAUGGAAAUGAAUGGCCUGCCCCAGGUAAAUGGCAAAGUCAGGCCUUAAACCAAAGUCUCUUCCUUUAAUCUACGUCACAACAGUACUGAAAUUGUUAAACACAUUGUUUCUGCUAGAAAAAUUCCCUCGCCAGGCUGAUUUGACAGUAAGCCAAGCCAGCACUGGCAGUUCUUCCUACUCUCUUUAAUAAUAGCUAGCAUUUAUAUAGUGCUCUAAGGUUUUCAAGGUGCUUUAUUAAUAUUUUAAUCUCAUAAGUAGAUGCUUAAUCUUUAUUCCCAUUUUGCAGAUGGAAACUAAGGCAGAAAUUAUAUGACUUACCAAAGACCAAACAGCUACAAAAUGUCUGAGGCUACAUUUGAACUCGCAUCAUCCUGGCUUCCAACACAGCUUUUUGUUACCAAACCUGCCUCUGUAAGAAUACACUAAAACCAUCAUGUAGCAAAGAGAUAACAUUUGAAAGCAAUGUCUUACAACCUUACUGUUUCUUGAGGACUGUUUUGUCUUUGUAUCCCUAGUGUCUGGCACGGAGUAGAUGCUUAAUAAAUAUUAGUAGAAUUAAAAAAAAAAUACACUGAAACCAUUCCACUCUCACUAUUUAGAUACAUACCACUUCUUCCAGGGAAAAGCAGAAUAAAGUAUUGCUUUCACAAUUGGAUAAGGACGUAGAACACAAAAGGCAUCAUUUUUCUGUCUCUUUACUUUCCAAAUAUAAAAACGAUCCCCAGCCACAGCCAGAACUGAAAGAUCAGUUUGUUGUUCUUCUUAAAAAGUCAUGGGGAGUGACCCAGGCUUGUGCUUUCAGCUAUAUGAUAAGUAACUCCUCUGUUGGUAUCUUAUAGACCAUGCCUGGAGCAUUGAAAGGAUGAAUGACUUGCCCUUGUUCACACAUAGAGCCAGUGUGGAUGAAAGGCAGGAUUGCCAUCAACUUCCUGCUGACCCAAAGCCAGCCCGUGCCAUGCCCCCUCUUGUUCCUGGUUAGAUUUAUUCAAACGCUGGUUCUAAACAGUCAUAGAAAUCGGUGCUAAGGCCUUUGUGUAAUAAACUGAGUCCACUCUAAUAAAAGGUUUUUAUUAAUUGAGCAUAAUAUAUUAGGUUUUAACUGAAUAUCACUGGUUUGAUAUUAACCAUAGGGUAGAAACAAAAUUAUCUUUAAUACCUUCCAAUUCUAAGAUUCUUUGGCCAGGAGACCUCUAUCCCUUAUUUUGCCGGGUCCCAGACUAAUCUGUCCAAUAAGCAUUGACAUUGUCAAGUUCUAAUUCACGGUUAUUAAAGUGUGUGAAAACCUUAGAGCCUCUCCCACACUCCAAAAAUAAAACUAAGACAAAACACAUGUUUGUUCUUUCUCCCUAAUAAGUUGCCUUUGCCCUCUCCUUUACUAUUUUAACAUGGGGAGAAGAGAAAUUAUAUUUCCUAUUUUGCUGCAAUAAACAUUUCCACAGGCUAGAAGCAUUGAAUAUAUUCAGGUAUAUUUUUUUAUUCUUUUCUACUGAUGUGUAUGGGAAGGAGGGAAGUGUGGGGGGAAAGAUAAUAAGCCCAAGAAUUUCACUUUUACUACAGAUCUUAGCUGGUUGGGGCCCCAUAAGGGGCCUGGUAUAUAAAAGGAAAAAAAUGUACAUCAAGAACAGUCCUGUGGACCCUCAAGUUAAUAAUCCUGAGAUAUUGGAACAGUUAAAAAGAGGUGCCUAAUUUUAUUUGUCCUGUAAAAAAAAAAAACUAAACUAAUAAGAAUUGGUCAGCAUUUGGUUCUGUACCCCUGGGUAGGUUUUGAUAUACCAUAAAGUCCUUAAGUAUACUCAAUUUUAAUAGCUUUAAUACUUGUUCUCCCCUUAAACUGGUUUAUACAGUUUGCCAAUGAAAUAGUCUUGCAAGGAACAAAAGAUUUACAUAAAAAUUUAUAUAUGUAUAAAUCUCUUUCUCAGAAGCCUAAAUCUUUAGGUGCCAAACUCUCUGUUGUAUGUUUGAUGGUAGACAAUAAUGCCAAUUAAAUGACUCAUCUGUUUAGCUACUAUACCAGGCAUCAAAGUUUCAAUUGAAUAUAAUGGUUUCAUUCUCCUUUCAUAUACCCUAUGUGUGGUGAGGCCCAAAAAUUCAUCCUCAGUUAAAGCUGGGGAUAUCAGGGAAUAUGUAAAAAAAAAAUUUUUUUUUAAACAAGCAAAUCUGGAACUGUUUGAAACUUUCCUGAUUCCUGACUGCAACCAGAUUACUUGCUUUUCUUUAAUUAAAAAAAAAAUUUUUCCCAUAUGUUCUUUGGAAAGCAUGCUUCAGCGUAGUUCAAUAUCCUAGGAGCCAAAGAAAGAAAGUAUUCUUUUUUUACUGCAUUUCCUUGAAGGCCACAAAAAAUUUACUCCAUAAGUCUUUCCUAAUUUCUUAUGGUUCAUCUUUACCAAUUACUGGGUUUGACUUAAUUUUUUUUCAAGGCAAGAGGGAAAGAGGUGUUGGGCAGAUAAAAGUUUUCAAACUCCAAAGGGCCAUAUAAACAAUAUUUUCAUGAUUUUCUCUGAUAUGAGAGUUUGGAUUCUUUUACAAAGUAACCAUUUUUUCCCUUGUUUUGCUCUAUGCCAGUGAUGGCAAACCUUUUAGAGACUGAGUGCCCAAACUGCAAUCUUCAUGUCACAUGUGAGCCCCAUACCUUACUCCAGACAGGGGAGGGAGGAAGCACUCCCAUUGAGCUGCUGGGCAGUGGAGUGGGUGAGAAAUGUCCUCAGGCACUCUGGAGAGGGGAGAGGGAGGAGCCCCCUCUGCAUGUGUGCCAUAGGUUCACCAACAUAGCUUUAUGGAAUCUAAAAAAUAACAAUUCAUUUAUUAUAUACAUCAAUUGAGAUAGGAACUUAUCUUAAUGACUUAAACUGAGAUUUGCAAAUACCUUCUAGUAAUCCCAGGAGUUAGCCAUUGUUUGGAUGAGAUUUUUUUGGCUAUAAAAUAAAGAUAAGUGUUUAUUGACAAAAAUGUCUUUAUAAAGUUUACCUGGAUCCUGUCCCAGUUGAAACUUAUUUUUUAAAGUAUUUCGUUCAUUCAAGUACAACCAUGUAUAGACACAUCAACUUCAUGUUAGUUUACAGCAACUUUGUUCUGUUAUUUAUUUUUAACAAGUUACUCUAAAGUCACAAAUACCAAUCUCUACAUUUAACUGACAACUUUGGAGAAAUUCCCCAUUUAGAAUUCCUUAUUUGUUUACUCAUUCAUCCUUCUGUUAUAGGGUCCAGGAACUUCUAUGCAUGUAUUAAUUAAACAUUCCUAUGUGCAAGUAAGCCAAGUAAAAUGUUCUCCCUGAAAAUUAACCCUCUUGAAUAAAUAUGAUAAUGGUUAUAGAAAAAGACUUCUUUAUCAGAAAGUAAAAGAAUGAAACCUGGCCACUAGUGGGAGAUGUUAACAAUGAAUACAACUCAAUACAUUUGGUAAAUAUUAAUUAGGGCCUUCAUUACUAUGUUAACUAAUCAACUUAAAAUAGCAAGUCAGCAGAACAGACAAGCUAUAGGUCCAUAGCUCCUCUGAAUAUUAACUGGAGUGCAUGUAGACAAAUCUAAGAGUUGCUACACUGGUAGCAGCUUGUACAAUGAUGUUAUUGACAGGAAUAUGUAUUGAUAUACGUGAUAUACGCUGAGUAACUCACAAAGCAAAACUUAUCAAUUUUACUAAUACAGUCAAUGAACCAAAUUCACUUCUCUAUUCCUAAUAAAACUUUAAAUUGUAUCUUAUUUGCUUUGCAUGAAAGCUUAGUUUUCCUGUUCAUUUAUUAAAAUAUGCUUUUAUAUCACUUGAAUUAGAAUUGUUAGAAAAUUUUCACCAGCUUGAAUGUAUUGUCUACAUUAUUAAAGCACAUGUGAUUGUUUCGAUUUGUCAGUAUUGUCCGAUUGUUUUGAGCAUUUCCUUUAUGUGUUGUCACUUUACACUGUACUAUAUACCUUGUAAUUUUAGAUUCUUCACUUGUAUGUUUUAAGUGUUUCCAAUUACCUUUAGUUUUAGCUGCUGUAUAAUAGCUGUGUUUAUACAGAAUUGUAAAAACAAAAACCAAAAAAAUUGCAUUUAUUUAUACAGAGACAUUUAUAAUACUUAUUUUACAAAUGUUCUUAUAUUCUGAAUAAAUAUUUCUAAUGCCAUGA